AUUUACUCUUUAAUUAUAAUUUUUUCUUCUUUUUUCACGCAUUAGCAAAAUCUUUGCCCAAGUGCAAUCAAAACAGACUCAGCAGAUGCUCCUCCCAAUGGACGUAUAACACAACACAAGCUACACAAGAAGAGAAACAAGAUAAAAAAGAAUCGAGUCGCACAUCAUCGACCCAGCACAUGGAUUCCGAGUCGGUCGUCUCGCAGGUCCAGCGCAAGAUCGAGCUCCAGAGCCCCGAGGACCUCGCCUACCUCAUCACCAACGUGCGCAAUGCGGCCGUCGAGCACCUCAACGAAGCGUUUCCGCCGGUCGAGGGCGCCGAGGAGGAUGAGCUGCGCAUCCAGAUUGAGCUGCUCGUGAACGAGUACAUCAACAAAACCUUCUCGCUGGCCGCGCCCAACCUCAUCAUCAACGGCCUCCCCGUAUCGCCCGACAUGCUCAGAGGCUCCGCGUCGACGCCAGACACCGUCUACGAGCCCUUUGACACGCGCAAGCGCCGCCAAGUCGCCGACCUCAUCACGCAGGAGGAGAAGCUGCUCGAGGACGUCGCGGCGCUCAAGCGCUCCGUGCCCGCAAAAGUGGCCGCCGACCACGCGGAGCGCAUCCGCGCGGCCAUGCGGCAGGAUGACGACGACCUCCACGACCGGGUGGCCAGAGACGCAGCCGCGGCGCAGCGCGAGGCCGGCGCGCUGGGGGUGGCCCAGCUGCAGCGCCAGGAGGGCGUCGAGGCCGGCUUCAAGAGCGCCGUUCAGGGGCUGGGCCGGCUCAAGAGGGACAUGCCGGCCGUCGUGGCCAAGAUGGAGCGGGCGAGGGUCGCGGGCGAGUACGUCGUCGCCAAGGGGCGGUGAUUGGGGGGGGAGGGGAUGCAGCAGGACGAGAAUAGACAGACGGUCUGUCGGUCUGCCAGGCUGUAGGGAUCGACAGGGUGCUUUGCUGCCACUGCUACGGCCCAUGUGCUUCCAUCCUGAUGUUUGAUUCGGGCAUUUUUUUUUUACGACUCUAUCAUUUUUUGGCUACAGGUAUUAGCACCCAACUAAAACCAAGUGGGAUUUCUGCCGGGGGGUGGUUGCGUUCAGGCGUCAAGGGCAACGAUGAUGUUCAAAUGACUUUUGCGAAAGCAAUUGUGGCUAACGCGACGAGCUCUUUUUCAUUUCCUCAUUGCAUUUCGCUUCUUUCAUGUUUAUCCUGUUUGCUCUUUUGGUUUUUUUAAUUGAUUUUGUUCGGCUAU